CAGAUGAAAGAGCAUUAGCAAUAAAUAAUUAUGUUAAUUACUUAAAGGAAACCUGCAACGGAAGUGAAAAACUCAUGAGACUUAAAUAUAUUUCAUAUCUAAUUAGAUAUAUGGAUAUAACAUAUAAAGAAAAAGAAAAACUUCUAGAUCUCGUUAAGCAAUAUAUAUAUAGUAACAUUGAACAUGAGAAAAAUAAAUUAUCGAAAAUUAUAGAUGUUUAUAUAAAUAAAGAAGAAGAUGAAAAAUCUAAAAUUAAUUUUCAAAAUAUUCUUUAUGAUAAAAAAAGGAUAGAAUCCUUAAAAUACUCUGAAUUAUAUUUGUGUUUAUAUUCUAUAUUUCCCUUCAUGUAA